AUAAACACAAAAUACAAUGUGGCUGGCUGGCUGGGCUUAUCUCCUCAGCACAAGUGUUUCAUUUUACACUCUCAUCCAAUAGUGUCGUUUACUCUUCAAUCCUCCUCCUUCAUUCCCCCACUCCAAAUUUUUCUUCAUUUUUUUUUUUGCUUUCUGAAAAACAAGAAAAGGUUAAAACUAAUAAACCAAAAUUUUUCAGUUUUAGAAUUCCAAGAUAUCCGGGAAUGAGCGUAUCUCGCUAGCUAGACUCAUUCCAGCCAACUCUGAAUCCAAUUCCCAUUUCCAGAUCCAAAUCCCAUUGUGUUCCAAACUAACAAGAGGGACUACAAAAUUGAAAAUUUCUCUUUAACAAAAAUUACGAAAGAGAUAAAAAAAAAAAAAUGAAAGUGGCGGUGAUAGGGAGUGGGAUAAGUGGAUUAGGAAGUGCCUACGUACUUGCGAAUCAAGGAGUCGAAGAGGUUGUGUUGUACGAGAAAGAAGAGUCAUUGGGAGGUCAUGCUCGAACGGUGCGUUUCGAUGGUGUUGACUUGGACCUUGGUUUCAUGGUCUUUAAUCGUGUUACAUAUCCAAACAUGAUGGAGUUCUUUGAGAAACUUGGAGUAGACAUGGAGGUUUCAGACAUGUCUUUCGCGGUGAGCCUUGACAAUGGCAAAGGUUGCGAAUGGGGAAGCCGUAAUGGUGUCUCUGGAUUAUUUGCUCAGAAAAAGAACGUUUUAAAUCCGUAUUUCUGGCGAAUGAUUAGAGAAAUUGUUAAAUUUAAAGAAGAUGUUUUAAAAUAUAUCAAGGAGCUCGAGGGUAACCCCGAUAUUGAUCGAAAUGAAACCUUGGGAGAAUUCCUCAAUGCUCGUGGAUACUCUGAGUUAUUUCAGCAAGCUUAUUUGGUUCCGAUAUGUGGUUCUAUAUGGUCGUGCCCAUCAGAUGGUGUCUUAAACUUCUCGGCUUACUCUGUUCUUUCGUUUUGCUGCAACCACCACCUUCUUCAGAUCUUCGGGAGGCCACAGUGGCUAACUGUUGCAGGACGUUCUCAGACUUAUGUCGCAAAGGUUAGGGCAGAAUUGGAGCGACUAGGAUGCAAGAUCAGAACAAGCUGCGAUGUAAAAUCUGUUUCGACAUCCGAAAAUGGUAGUGUUACUGUUACAAGUGGAGAUGGAUCUGAGGAAGUAUUCGAUAGGUGCAUAUUGGCUAUGCAUGCCCCAGAUGCUCUGAGAUUGCUUGGUGAAGAAGUCACAUUUGAUGAAACUAGAGUUCUUGGUGCUUUCCGAUACGUUUACAGCGAUAUAUAUCUCCAUCACGACAUUGAUUUGAUGCCACGGAACCAAGCAGCUUGGAGCUCGUGGAACUUCUUAGGAAGUACGGAAAAGAAAGUAUGUGUAACAUACUGGCUCAAUAUACUUCAGAACCUUGGCGAGAAAUGUGAACCAUUUUUUGUAACACUUAACCCAGACCAUCCCCCAAAGAAAGCAUUGCUCAAAUGGACUACUGGUCACCCUGUACCUUCAGUUUCAGCUUGGACAGCUUCACAAGAGCUUCACAAGAUUCAGGGAAAACGUAACCUAUGGUUCUGUGGUGCAUAUCAGGGCUAUGGUUUCCAUGAAGAUGGACUAAAGGCUGGUAUGGCAGCUGCACGAGGUUUGCUAGGGAAAGAAACGGCUCUUCUGAACAAUCCGCGGCAUAUGGUCCCUUCCUUGACAGAAACAGGGGCUCGGCUUUUCGUUACUAGGUUUAUGGGACAAUUCAUAUCGACUGGUUGUGUAACAAUACUUGAAGAAGGAGGAACUAUGUUCACAUUCGGAGGGAAAGAUUCUACUUUUCCGUUGAAAUCUGUCCUCAAGAUUCACAGUCCUCAAUUUUACUGGAAGGUUAUGACACAAGCGGAUUUAGGACUUGCAGAUGCUUAUAUUAAUGGAGAUUUCUCUUUCGUAGAUAAAGACUCAGGACUUUUGAAUCUGAUUAUGAUUCUCAUUGCUAACAGAGAUACGAAAUCAAAUCUUACGAAGAAAAGGGGAUGGUGGACACCGAUGUUUCUAACUGCCGGUGUAGCUUCUGCAAAGUAUUUUUUAAAGCAUGUCUCUAGGCAGAACACAUUAACACAAGCUCGUAGAAACAUUUCUCGUCACUAUGACCUUAGCAAUGAGCUUUUCGGUUUCUUCUUGGAUGAUACCAUGACUUACUCCUCUGCAGUAUUCAAGUCAGACGAUGAGGAUCUUAAAACUGCACAGAUGAGGAAAAUAUCUCUUCUGAUAGACAAGGCGAGAAUAGAGAAGAACCAUGAGGUUUUGGAGAUUGGAUGUGGAUGGGGAACUUUGGCCAUAGAAGUUGUGAAAAGAACUGGAUGCAAAUACACUGGCAUUACACUAUCUAUUGAACAGCUUAAGUAUGCAGAAGAAAAAGUGAAAGUAGCUGGACUUCAGGAUAGUAUUAAGUUUGAACUAUGUGAUUAUCGCCAACUAUCUGAUGUCCAAAAAUAUGACAGAAUCAUAUCUUGCGAGAUGCUAGAAGCGGUUGGCCAUGAGUUCAUGGAGAUGUUUUUCAGUCGAUGUGAAGCCGCGCUAGCAGAAAACGGCUUAAUCGUCUUGCAGUUCAUAUCGAUACCCGAAGAGCGAUACAAUGAGUACAGACUAAGUUCAGAUUUCAUAAAAGAAUACAUAUUCCCCGGUGGCUGUCUUCCUUCUUUAGCCAGAGUUACUUCAGCUAUGUCUUCUUCUUCUAGGCUAUGCAUUGAACAUGUUGAGAACAUUGGGAUUCAUUACUACCAAACUUUAAGAUUGUGGAGGAAGAACUUCUUGGAGAGACAGAAACAAAUCAUGGCUCUUGGAAUUGAUGAUAAAUUCAUAAGGACAUGGGAAUACUAUUUCGAUUAUUGCGCAGCUGGUUUCAAGACUCUUACUCUUGGAAACUACCAGUUGGUGUUCUCACGUCCAGGGAACGUAGCUGCAUUCGCGGAUUCAUACCAAGGAUUCCCUUCUGCUUAUUGUAUCACCUGAGAGGCACCAAACAACAUUUGGUUGCUUAUAUUUUUCGAUCUAUACAAUAUUUUGAUGAGCUGAGAUAACAGUAUGAUUAUUUAUUUAUUUGGAUGGGUGUGCUAAUUGUGAAAGUUUUGUUAAAUAAAAAAAAGUGAUUAUCAUUUACUUGUUGAA